ACACCGCCUUUCCGGGCAAGUGUCUUUCUACUCCUUUCUGCCCAGUCUGCGUGAUUAUCUGCAAUUAGGAAUUCUCAGCGGCCCCUUGACUGCCGGCGCCACGCCCUCAGCGGUGACGUAUACGGAAGUACCGCUACGGAAGCUGGUGCGGCCGCUUCACCAUGGCGACGGCCGCCCCGCGGCGCUUCUGCCGCUGCGCCUGCUUCUGCUCCCAGAACUUGUAUGUGGCGCGCUACGGGCUGCAUCUGCGCUUCAGGGACGAGCAGCAGCUGCGCCGUGACUACGGCCCGCUCCUGCGCAGCCGUGGCUGUGUCACCCCCAAGGACUUCCAGCAACUCUUGGAGGAGCUUGAGCAGGAGGUCGGGCGUCGCCGAAGGCUGGGACAGGAAUCAGCUGCCAGGAAGGCUGUCAUCGCCAGCUCUUACCACCCGGCAAGGCCUGAGGUCUACAGCUCACUGCAGGAUGCUGCUCUGGCCCCCGAAUUUAAGGCUGCAGCUGAAUAUAGCAGGUCCCCAGGCGCAGAUCUUGAGGGCCUUCUCCAGCGCCUGGAGACAGUGUCGGAGGAGAAGCGCAUUUAUCGGGUGCCAGUGUUCUCUGCCAAGUUCUGCCAGACCCUGCUGGAGGAGCUGGAGCAUUUUGAGCAGUCGGACAUGCCCAAGGGAAGGCCCAACACCAUGAACAACCACGGGGUCCUGAUGCAUGAGUUAGGCCUAGACGACCCACUGGUGACACCGCUUCGGGAACGCUUCCUGCUGCCGCUGAUGGCCUUGCUGUACCCAGACUGCGGAGGGGGCCACCUCGAUAGCCACCGUGCCUUUGUGGUCAAGUAUGCACUGGGCCAGGACCUGGAGCUGGGCUGUCACUACGAUAACGCCGAGCUCACCCUCAAUGUGGCUCUGGGCAAGGACUUCACAGGGGGUGCCCUAUACUUUGGGGGCUUCUUCCAGGUGAGUGAGACCCACCAGGUCGGGCCGGGCAGGCGUGAGUGCUCCUGCCUGAACCGCACCCAUCCGCAGGCACCUGCAGCCCUGACGGAGACCCUGGAAGUGGAUCACGUGGUAGGCCAUGGUAUCCUGCACCGUGGCGGCCAGCUGCAUGGGGCCCGGCCCCUGAGCACGGGAGAGCGCUGGAACCUUGUCGUGUGGCUCCGGGCGUCUGCCGUUCGGAAUCGCCUCUGUCCCAUGUGCUGCCAGAAGCCAGACCUGGUGGAUGAUGAGGGUUUCGGUGAUGGCUUCACCCGUGAGGAGCCUGCCAUGGUGGAUGUGUGUGUGUUGACUUGAGCCUGGUUUUCCUGGAGGUGUCGGCGCUGUGGCAGCAGAAAACUUGCCAUCUUGGGCGGGGAGGGCAGAAAUAAACUCUGCGGCCACGCCAUCGCUCAGGUCAGAAGGA